AGAGCAACAUCCGGGUUCUUUUGUUGUAAACAUGGCGCUGUCCAUGUUGAGCCCGAGGAUGGUGGUGGUUUGUAGGACGUUUAAAGGCAUUUCAUCCUUUACACCGAUUCUUUCUGUGAACUGUCCCGGGUUUGUCCUGCAGACAGCGACUUAUAACCCGAAACCUCUGAAGAUAAACAUCAAGAAACCUUAUAUUCCCGACAAGAACAGCGAGAAGACGCCGGAGUGGCAGAAGACGCACAAGUACGACCGAAAGCUGUUCGGCCGCCUCGGCUCUGCGUCGGGCAUCGAGCCGGGCUCUCUGUGGCCCACUGACGAGGAGCUGGAUAAAAUAAUCGCGGAUGAAAACGAGUGGCACCCUCCAUUAGAGGUCAUGUUGAAGAACAUAGCGGCCAGGGAGGCGGAGGAAACCAAGAAGCUGCGCGAUAAGGAGAAGCUCAUAGCAGAAAAUAUGGCCAAGAUGCCAAAGAUGAUGGAGGAGUGGCGCAGAGCAAAACAAGAGGCCAAACAGAAGCUGAGGGAGGAGAAAGCUCGAAAGGCGAGGCUGCUGGAUGUGGCCAGGGAGCGCUUUGGUCACGCUGUGGACCCCCGCAGCACCCAGUUCUUGGAAAUGGUUGCAGAAGUAGAGAAGGAAGAGAAGAAGAAAAGGAAACUGUUGAAACGCACAAUAAGGGAGAAGGCGGCCGCCGCAGCAGCAGCUCCUGUAAAUCCUACUGCAGCUGCUGCAGGAGCUGCUGCAGCAGCUGCUGCUGCUGCAGAUCCUGCAGCACCAUCGUAGUCCUGGACUCAUUUUAAACACCUGAGCUGCUUCUUGAGGUUAAACUUAGAAAGCUGGUUGUCAACUUUGUAUGUGUGCAGUGUAUGAUAGACUGAUUCCACUGCAGAGCCUCACAGUCCAGCUGUUCAUCUGGUGUAAACAAGUCAGGAAGGAUUUACUCAUUUAAUUUGGUUUACUGAAUAAACUGACAACUUGUAUUAA